UACAUAGCUAAUGUUUCUGCUGCUGGCGCUCAACUGUGCAGACCUUCUAGAAUCAUCACAACUAUUUGUGGGUGAGCAAGAAGGGAGGAAGGGAGGAAAGGGAACAACUGCCACCACAGGCCUUUGCAACAUUUGGAUCAGUGGAGGAAGAUGCAGCAGUGUGUACGGUUUCGAUUCUGACUCAUUUGUUGAAGAUAACAUCUGAUGUAUGAUAAGAAGAAGAAAAAGAAAGAAAAGAACCAGGAGAAGGUUGCUGUUUAGAUCGGCAUUGUGUACAAGUUUUUAAAAUAAAAUGUCCAAGCAAGUUAAAUGAGCCGGGAUUUCCAGUGGAUAUACUUUUGACACACUCUUGGGCGAAGAUGGAGAGUGGUGCUUUUCUGCCCUUCCUGGAGAAGUUCAUGAUGAGCCCACUUGUCACCUGGGUCAAGACUUUUGUUUCUCGUGACGAAGGCCAGCACGUGGACUUUAGUGAAUUACUGGAUGGAGUUUUUCUGAACGACGUCAUGAGCCAAAUACAUCCUCCAGCCGUACCUCAAGCUGCAAACAAAUUGAGAAAGGAUCCAAGUCAGAGGAUCCACAACUUGAACGUUCUUGUUCAGAAAAUCAAGACCUAUUAUCUGGAAAACCUGCGACAGUUGAUUAUGAUUCCUCUUCCAAAUGUGCUGCUGCUUUCAAGGACUCCUCACACUGAGCAAAGUCUUUUGGAAAUGAAGAAACUAUUGCUGUUACUCCUGGGAUGUGCAGUCCAGUGUGAGAAGAAAGAGGAGUACAUUGAAAUAAUCCAGACGCUCGACUUUGACACGAAAGCAGCCAUAGCUAUGCAUAUUCAAGAGCUAACCCACAGUCAAGACAACCUCCUAGAUCUGCAUUGGUUGGAGUGCAGUGAUAUGCCCGCUGUUCAGCUGGAGGUUGUCGCUAAGACUAUGGCUGUCAAUCUUCAGCACUUGCUGGACCAGAGGGACGCACAUCUGGAGACUAUAGCAGAGCUAACACCGGAAAGGGAAGGGGUGGUCCGUGUGCUCUGUAGCUCAUCCAGCCCACAGUCCGCCAUCUAUCCUCCCAGCAUGCAACAGCAGCAGGCGGGAACUCAGCAACACUUGGUGGUGGAACUUGCCGACUCUAAGGCCAAGAUCAGACGACUUCGACAAGAGCUAGAAGAGAAGAGUGAACAAAUGCAGGACAACAGACACGAGCUUGAGAACAUGGAAGCAGAGCUAAAGAGGAUCCAGCAGGAGAAUUUGAAGCUGCUUGUAGAUGCCCGAGCAGCCCGCACCUACCGCGAUGAGCUGGAUGCUCUGAGAGAGCGAGCGAUCAAAGCUGACAAAUUGGAGAGCGAGGCGGCACGCUAUAGGGAGCAACUGCACAAGAUGGAAUUUUACAAAGCCAAAGUGGAGGAACUUAAGGAGGAUAACAGAGUGCUGCAGGAAACCAAAGAGGUGCUAGAAGAUCAACUGGCAGGCUGGAGGGCACGCUCAGAUAAAAUUCACCAGCUGGAGAAGCACAGCCUGUUGCUGAAGGCCCGGAUCCACGACAUGGAACAAGGAAGGGAUGCAGAUCGUAAAUGCAUUGAGGAACUGCAGGAUGAAAACUUGACUCUGUGUUUAGCACAGAGGAGGAGCAUGGAGGAGUCCCAGCACCUGGGAUGGGAGUUAGAACAACUAUCGAAGACCACCGAAAACUCUCAGGGGCAGCAGACUUUCAGUGACGAGGUGAGCGAGCGGAUUCGUAGUCGGCUGUUGAAGUUGGAGAAGGAGAACAGAAGUCUCCUGAAGACUGUCGAGGAGCUCAGGGCUGUCUGUAUUCACAACAACGCACAGACCAACAAACACUGUCACCACAGUGAGAAGGAUCGUGUCCACCAGGUGGUCUCCUGCACUGACAAGUGGACAUCAUCAACGAAAGAAAACAUAAUGUCAUUGACUCCCUGCUCACAUGAGCAGAACUGCAGAAAUGUAUCCAACAUAGGUGCAGUGAAACAGAAGAUAUCCAAUACAGAUUCUCAAUACAAAGAGUCAGAGCAAGUCCACACAGAUCUCCACCUCUCAGCUAAUACAGCCCGUCAUAUUCAGGAGAAAGGACAGGUAGAGGGCAACGACAGCGGAGAACAUUUUAAGGCAGUUAUGUCUGACCUGCAAGUGUAUGAAAAUAGUCACAAUGCUGCCCAUUAUUCUGUGGGAUCAAACAAUCCCUCUCCUGGCUCAAGAAGCAGCAGCUCCAGCCAUGACAGCACAUUCAUGGGCCUGCCAGCACGCUUCGCUAAUGCCAACAAGCACACAGAGCGUUUGGAGGCCAAAUGCAAGGCCCUGGACUCCAUUAAUCAACAACUGCAAACUUCACUUGGUAACACUGAGCGAAAAAUCCAACAAUUGGAAGCUGAGGUUCAAGAACUAGAGGCAGACAACCAGAGCGUCCAGGCCAGUAUAGAGGAACUCCGGAUUACUGUGCGCCGUAUGGAGCAAGUGGAAAUAGAGAAGCAGAGUUUGGAAAAAGAAACAGCAGCAUUGGAGAAGGUAAAGAGGCAACUGGAGAAGGAGAAUCGAAGACUGCGCCAGCAGACUGAAAUUCAAGAAGCCAAUUUAGAUAGCAGUAAUGUCUGCAUGGCGAGCCUGGAAAGGGAAAUGCGCAGUCUGGUGAAGGAGGUGGAGGAGUUAAGGGAGACUGCCGAGAGGGUCAAAAGGCUGGAGAGAGACAACAGAGAACAGGCCAAGCAAUCUGAUAUCGACCAGAGGACCCUGGACAUGCUUAGAGAGGAGCUUGUUAGUGAGAAACUGAAGACCCGGCAGAGAGAAGAUGAACUAGAACGUCUGUCCCAUGAGCAGGAGAUGAGGAUUCUCAACCGAGAGCGUAAGCAAUCUGUGGAACCUGACACAGCCGAACGCAGGUUCAAUAUGCUGGAGUCAGAGUUAGAGUUGACCAUGAAGAAGUCUAUUCAAAUUAAAGAUAACAAGAUGGCUGUGCUGGAGGCUCGUCUACAAGAAUCCUCUACCCUUAAUCAGCAGCUUCGCCAUGAGCUCAGAACUGUUAAACUGAGCUAUGAGGCCUUGCAACAAAAGCAGGAGGAGGAGGUGACUGCAUCCAGCGCCUCCCCACUGAGAGAGAAUGGAAAGGCAAUGAGUGAAUGGCUGCGUGAAAGCCACGAAGCCACCAAAGAGCUGUUGAAUAUUAAAGACAGACUGAUUGAAGUAGAGAGGAAUAAUGCAACACUGGAGACAGAGCGCCAGGCUACGCAGGCCCAUCUGAAGCAGCUGGCAAGUCAGUCUGAUAGUCAACAGGCUCAGAUCCUCGCCCUGCAGAGACAAGCUGCCUCCCUGCAGGAGAACAACACCGCUUUGCAGACACACAAUGCUGACCUGCAGGUGGAAAAUUCCACAUUAAACUCCCAGAUUGCUUCCCUGAUGGCUCAGAAUGCUCAGUUGCAGCAGCAGCAGGUGGGAACAGAAAGCGAGAGGGACAGUGCAGUGCGUGAACGCGAAGAGCUGCGUGGUGCUCAUGAACAGCUAUUACGUGAUCAUGAGCGUCUGGUGGCUCUCCACGAGCGGCAAGCCACAGAGUAUGAGGUCCUCAUGGGGAAACAUGACUGUCUGAAAAAUGCCCAUCGGACGCUGGAGCUAGAGCACCGCACACUGCAGGACAGGUACAACAACCUGUUGCAGCAACGGACCAAAUUAGAAGAUCUGGAAAAAGCCCUGAAGGAAGAGCAGAUGAGGAUGAGUCUGGAGAAGGAAAAUCAUAGGACCACUGCUGCUGAAUGUUGCAGGCUUCGGGAUGAGAAAGACUGGCUGAACCAAACUUAUCGUCAGCUUUUGAAUGACAACGAGCUGCUGACUGCAGAUCACAAGCAGCUCAAGAGCCAACUAAAUGAGAGCAAGCUGGCACACACCUGGCUGGAGGCAGACUUUUCCAAGCUCAAAAAGGAGUCUCAGCAACUUGAUAUCACCUCCACAAAGCUCACCAACCAGUGCGAGUUGCUGAGCCAGUUAAAGGGGAACCUGGAGGAGGAGAAUCACCAUCUUCUGAGUCAAAUUGACACACUGAUGCUGCAGAACCGAACUCUGUUGGAGCAGACAAUGGAGAGCAAAGAUCUGUUUCACAUAGAGGAGCGGCAAUAUAUUGACAAACUUAAUGAUUUGAGGAGGCAGAAGGAGAAGCUAGAGGAGAAGAUAAUGGACCAGUAUAAGUUUUAUGAACCCUCACCUCCUCGCAGGCGAGGAAAUUGGAUCACUCUCAAGCUGAAGAAGUUGAUCAAAUCUAAUAGCCAUGAACAGGGACUAGAACACUCUCUCACACCAACGCAUUUGGAGGCACACCUCUCGUGUCACGACAGCAGCUCCUUCAUUAGUUCAGAUGGCUCUGGAGGCUCAACCUCCACAUCAGCAUGUGACGCCAUAUCACCGCAGCCUAACAACACCACACUGAAACUCUUUCCGCGUAUGAGGAACACGCUGAAGAACACAGAGAAAGUGAAGGCUCUCAUUCAACGUUCCUUGUCCCUGAGCAGCUUGAUGUACAACUCUGCCCCAUUGGAGCAGGAGCAGUGGGCAUACAGCUCUGAGGAGCUGGAAGGGUCGGAAGCUGAUGUGAAGGACAGGAAAAAACGAUUGACGUCAUUCCUUAGCACAUCCAUCUUAUCCACACCUCAUUUGCAUCCCACCACUGAACCAUCCAUUCAACUCCACACCACAGCCACUGACACUGAUGUCCCAGAUGUGUCAGAGUUGACAGACAAGGAUUCAAAUGAUAGUGCUGUGCCAUCUGGUUUUGAGGACAACGACGAGCUGCAGCAUCACGGGCUUAAUGUCACCCAGAGUCGAGCUCAAAGUGAGAGCAGUGGUGAGUUCAGCAUGAGCCUGGAUAAUGAGCCCUGGUCAAAUGGCAGCAGCCCUGUCCAGCAACCGCUGUCUCGCCACUCCUCUGUCUCGUACCAGCCGCCCAGUGACACCUCCACAACCCAGGACGCACAGCAAAGCUCCUCCACGGCACACAAGGAGAACGUCUUGGCCAUCCCUGUGACAAAUAGCCAGGAAUCAGACCUCCUAUCUCAACAGAAGGAGUCUACACCAAACCAGGACUUGUGGCUCACACGGGGAACAAAGAGCAUUAGAAGGGGAUCGAAAGGAAAAGUGACACGUCGCCCGUCACAUUCAGGGGGCAUGUUAAGCACAAAUUUAAGAUCGAAUUCCAGUAAUACCGAAUGUACCCAGACUUCAUCUUGUUCACCAAUUACAGUGUUUUAUGUUCAGGGUAAGUCGUCCUCAAUGUCUGGGUGCCUCAAUUGCUUCUCUAAUCCGCUGGGAAAAGAAGGGCGACUCAAAGGGUACAGGUCGUCGAAAAGUCUUCCUCGCGCCAGCAGUGUCAUUUCCACAGCUGAUGGCUCAUCUAGACGCCCCAGCAUCAACAACGACUGCAGGGUGGGAGUCAAGACGGAGACACUUCCUGCCCCCGUCUCAGAAAAGCGCAAUAACCAAGAGAAACAAGAAAAAGCAGCCACAUCCAAUCAACAGCCGCGACAAGUCAGCGAAAGUAGUGGGCCCGGGCUCAGUCCUCCAGUCAAACCUCCAAGAGACCCAACAGUCAUUGUUACCAAAGAACAUCCUAAUCCUCCCGUGCAGGAGUCGGAUUUAAACUCCCCAUUUAGCCUCAAUUCUGUCUUCUCAAACACAAUCUUCAGUGAUUCUGGGCGGAAUUGUCUGGAAGUGCUUGAGAGGAACGACCAGACAAAUAUUUUUCUCUACGAGUCCGCCUGCAAAAAAAACUACACUCCAGUGAGCCACAAGUCUACUCAUAACAAAGCAUUCACACUUAACAUGGAAAAUGUACAGAAUCACAAUCUUGAUAAUGGCAAUUGAUUGAGAGAAGGAGCAUAGAGUAUGAGUAAUCUUGUUAGUCUUCUGUUGCCAAUGGAUUCAUAAUAUUACCCACUUUUAUCUGUUACACGCUAAACGUGUAGCAAAUUUUUCAGCAAUCCAUGUUUUUGUUUCAGUAUUUUAUUCUGCUCUUCUCAGUAAAUUACAGUAAAUGUCUUGUUCACACACUAAGCCAGAGGCAUCUUAACUUUCUCUUCUAAGGGCCACAUACUAAAAAAAAAAAAAAGGUCUAAGAUCCAAGAGCCACGGGCAUUCUUCACCUUUAAUUGAUUUCACAUGCUAAAACCAAUCCAUCACUGAAGGUAACGAUAUGCUGAGGAAUUAUAUUUUGUUUUCGAUGUAUAUUAUUCACAUACAUAUACUGUAUAUCCAGUUGCCUUGAUUCAAACUUUAGAGCAAAAAGUCAAGGAUUUUUCAGGAUUUUUGGGUAGCUGGCGCUAUAUAUAUAUAUAUAUAUAUAUAUAUAUAUAUAUAUAUAUAUAUAUAUAUAUAUAUAUUGCAAAUCACACUAUUUGCUAUUCUUCUUCGCUUUUGCCGCCUUGCCACCCAGGAUAGAAUGUAAAUACUGUAGUGCAAUGCGGUCAAAUAACAUGUACAGGCCGUGUCAAAUGUUAGAAACGAACGGCACGCUCUCGUUUGGCCACCCCUGUGAAGCUCUGUAAUGCAGUUAAGCCUCACUUCCCCUAUCAGACAAAACCUUUAUUUGAAAUGUUUGUGACUUGCCAAAAGAUUUGGAUCCUGUAGUUGUGCCCUGGUGCUCAGUUCUUCGGACUUGUUAAACCUAGACUAAUACAUUUUAAUGUGUACCUGAAAGAAAUGUGAUGAUCAUAUGUGAUAUACGGUGUAAACUAUUGAAGCUGUAACAUGAACGCGUGUUGUUUUCUUUUAAUAAAGUAAACGUAUACGAAAAAUA